AUGCACUUUCUUUGCCUCCAUGGUGCAGGAACGAAUGCCAAGAUAUUUGAAUCACAAACGGCGGCCCUACGCUAUGAGCUGAGUGGGGCCCAUACUUACCACUUUGUCGAAGGCGCCGUUCGGCAGCAGCAAGCCCCUGGAAUCGGGAACCUCGCUGCGUCAGAUGAGCUCUGCUUCGCGUACUACCUACCCGACUCCGCCGACUCGUUCAUGGCCGCAAUCAUCGACCUAAAGAAUUACCUGGAAAAAGAAGGUCCGUUCGACGGAGUGAUGGCCUUCUCACAGGGAGCGUCCCUUGUCAGCGCACUGCUUUGCCUCAAUAUCAGGCCAUACACAUGCACCAUUCGAUGCGCGGUCUUUUUCUGUGGGCGGACCCCAUUCAUUGAUUUCAGGGAUAUCGAACCCACCAAUUCCGCAUUCGGAAAGAACCUCGGCCAAGACGGAGUUGAGAAGAUCGAGAUGCCAACGGCGCAUAUCUGGGGUCUUAAUGACGAAAUUGAGCCAGGGCAGGGAGCUGAGCUCAGCAAGUUGUGCCGCCCGCAGAAUAGACACAUCUAUGUGCAUGCCGGUGGUCAUGAGGUACCAGGAUCCAAGGAUCAGGAAGGGCUGAUUGAGUCCGCCAAUGCGAUCCGAAGCAUGCUGGCCGAGCUGUAA